CAUGCUCAGUUCCCCACUACCACUCUCUGACAGUGCCAGACCGUAUGAGAGUUGCAGCAUCCUUCUUUCACCUUGUCUACAGCACUGAGUUAUACUUCUUCAAGCAUGUAUAAAGCGGACGCCUUUCACUAACAGCUCACGCCUGCUGUCAUCGCCUUCACCAGUUUCCUAACGAUUUUAGAACGCCAGUCAACAUGGUGUGUGCGUGGGUCGGAGACAUGCUGGGGUGUGGCAGUUCCAUCCUCCUGAUCCUCUUUCUCCUCCUUCUCUUCCUUUUCUUCGCUCCAGGAAGACGCCCUCCCAAUUUUCCUCCAGGGUUGCCAAUGUUGCCGCUGGUGGGUUCGCUACUGCACAUGCGCGGAGGUCCAACUAGGCCCAUACUACGGAGCCUUAGGAAGAAAUAUGGCAACAUGGCAAGCUUUGGCAUCUUCGGGACAAGGGUGGUGCUGGUGAGCGGGAUGGCCACGUUGAAGGAGGUCUUCGCCGACAAGAACUCCACAGGAAGACCUGACAUGCUCGUCACCACUGUCAGAAACUACAUCUUAACCGAAGGCCGCGACUCCUCUGUUGGGAUCAUCGGCGCGACUGGCGAGCGAUGGCAGGAACAGCGGCGGUUCGUACUGCGGCACCUGCGGGACCUCGGCUUCGGCAAGACCAGCUACGAGCCCCUGAUGGUGGACGAGGUGGCGGAGCUGAUGAACCACAUCCAGCAGCAUAAGGGAGAGCCCCUUCCCAUGAAGAGAUUCUUCAACCGGUCGGUGGUGAACGUGCUGUGGGGGAUGGUGAUGGGGAAGAGGUACUCCUACGACGACGAUAAGAUGGCCAAGCUGCUGAAGACCUUCGUGCAGCCGGCCGACUUCAACCUGCUGGAUCCCCUCGUCUUCAUUCCCGGGAUGAUGAAGGCUAUCAUGUACAUUCCCGUUCUGAAAGUUCUUACACCAGUCAAGGAUAUUAUUAAGUUUAUGAAGGAUGAACUACAAGACUUUAUGGCUGAUAAGGACUUAAUCUCCAACAAUUCCUUGACAUCUGUUUAUCUCCAAGAAAUCAAGAAUCGUGGCAGCGAACAAUCCCACUUCAACAUGGACCAGAUGACAGGAGUGGUGAUGGAGAUGUUCGUGGCGGGGAUGGAGACCACGUCCAGCACCCUCACUACGGCCAUCUACCUGGUGGCCAAGCACCCGGCCGUCCAGGAGCGAGUCCAGCAGGAGCUGAACACAGUUGUGGGUGAUGGCAGGUUACCAAGCUUCUCAGAUAUGGAGAAGCUGCCCUAUACUCAGGCCACCAUACACGAGGUACAGAGGACCUUCAACCUGGUGCUCUUCUCUCUGCCUCACGCUGCUCUGGAGGACUGCAUGCUCGCUGGCUACCACAUUCCCAAAGGGACGGUGCUUUUGGCUAACGCUGACGACGCCUUGUCGGACCCUGAGCUGUGGAAAAACCCGAAGGAAUUUGACCCUGAGAACUUCCUCGACGACAACGGAAAGUUUAUCAAGAACGAGGCAUUCAUUCCCUUUGGCAUAGGAAAGCGACAGUGUGCAGGGGAACCUCUGGCCCGGAUGGAGCUUUUCAUGUUCUUCUCCUGCCUCCUGCACCGCUUCUCCUUCACUAUCGUGGAAGAUAAAGGCAGCUUCACCAAGAGCCCAACCUCCAACGCCCCCCCGACCUACACCGCCAUGGCCCACCUCAGGUCGCCUCUGUAACUCUUGUAUCUACUUUGGCAAGUUUACGGCAUCAACAAGAUUAAUGUAAACACUACAGUAUACUUAGCUCUUCAGUGUAGAUGAAAAUACUAGAGUUCUCAUUGAUAUUUUCAACCUAAACUUCACCUAAGAGCCAGCGAGAGUUCAAUUCCUCGAAGACUUCUUUGAUAUCAAUGAGUCAUUUAUUGAUAUUGUGCACUGUAUUGUAUAUAACAGAAUAACAACAACAAAGUAGUCUACACUAUGUUAAAACCACCACCUAUAUUACGAAGAAAAGGUCACCUAUAUUACGUUAAGAAGGUCAUCAAUUCUAUGGCAACAUGGUCGCCAAUUAUAUGUCAACAAUGUCACCCAAUGAUUCUGAAUACAAAAAAAAAAGUUAACAAAUUCGGCUUUACAUUUAUACUGUGGCAAAAUAUUUCGUCUCUUGUGCAUUACAAUCUGUAUCCUCUGAAUAAACUCUGGGGUGCACUAUAUCAAUCAUAUCCCAAGGUCAACAUGCACUAUAUCAAUCAUAUCCCAAGGUCAACAUGCACUAUAUCAAUCAUAUCCCAAGGUCAACAUGCACUAUAUCAAUCAUAUCCCAAGGUCAACAUGCACUAUAUCAAUCAUAUCCCAAGGUCAACAUGCACUAUAUCAACCAUAUCCCAAGGUCAACAUGCACUAUAUCAAUCAUAUCCCAAGGUCAACAUGC